GAGAAUGUUGACAUACAUUUGUUUCCAAGAUAACUUGAUAACUGUUUUUGUAUAAAUAUAAACAUAGGGGGGAGUUUAAACUUUAACAAUUAUUGCAUUGCGGAAUUUUAGCUGAAUUGGUUAAUUGGAUGACUAAUGGUAAAUACGUAAACUUGUAAACUUGUUGCUGUUGCUAUUGUGAAUAGCAGGAAAAAAUAUACUUUUUAGCUGAUUCAUAAGAAACUUCCUGUUUAACAUAAUUAUUAUUCUAUGUUUUAACCAGUUCUCCUAGUGAAUUAAGUUAUUUUUAUUGUUAUUAUUUAAUUAUUAAAUAAUGGGGGAUAAUGUACAAAUUCCCCUUAAAUCAAAGGAGUUUUACAAAGCAAUAUUUAACAAGUAUGACCGAAACAGGGAUGGUUUCAUUUCUAUCAGAGAAUUAACAGACAUAAUAGAAAGCCGGGAAUAUGAAGAAGAUAUACCUCAGCAUUGUAUUAAGAAAAUUUUGGGGAUGCAUGACAGAAACUUGGAUAAAAAAUUGGAUUUUGAAGAGUUUUAUGAAAUGAUUAAUAAUCCGGAUUUAAAUCAUGUAUUUGGGCAUUAUAUUACAAGGUAUAUAAACUGGGUAGUACCCAGACGGCAGCUACCUAGAAUUCCCACCACAGUUACCGAUGGUUUAUACGAAGAGGAAUACUCAUGUUACCCUCCCGCUGUGGGAAUGAUAAUUAUUUCGUUGAUAGAAAUAAUAUUUUUCUGCGUAGACGAAGCAACCGAAUAUGAAUCCACAAAAUACGCCAGUGGGCCAUGUGCGACGCUUUUUAUUUAUGAGCCCUCCAGAAGAAGGGAAGUGUGGAGAUAUAUGACCUAUAUGUUUGUUCAUGUUGGUGUGUUUCAUUUGCUGGUCAACCUUUUGGUCCAAGUGCUUCUGGGGAUACCGCUGGAAAUGGUACACCAAUGGUGGAGAGUCCUUAUAGUAUACCUGUCAGGGGUUUUGGCUGGUUCUUUGGGUACGUCUAUCAUGGAUCCAACAGUAAAAUUGGCCGGAGCUAGUGGCGGUGUGUAUUCUCUGGUGACUGCUCAUAUUGCAUCUAUAGUAAUGAAUUGGAAGGAGAUGUCAUUUCCCAUAGCUCAGCUGCUCGUCUUCUUAGUGAUAGCGGGUACCGACAUAGGAACUUCCAUCUACAAUCGUUACGUGUUAGACAUUAACGAACACAUCGGAUACGCCGCACAUUUUGCUGGCGGGUUGGCAGGCCUGUUGGUGGGUAUCAACGUGUUAAGGAAUCUGAGCGUCACAAGGACAGAAAGGAUCAUAUGGUGGAUUUCCAUGAUUACGUUUGGACUGCUGAUGGGUAUUUGUAUUAUUUGGAACUUGGCGUGGAGUAGUUAUUUUCCAGACGAAAGAUAUCAUCGAUAGUAAGAUUACUUACUACACGUCACUAGUAGAAAUGUCAGGGGUAAUUAUAAAAAAAGUAUUGUUGCCGCAAAAAAGAUUCACUUAAGAUUUAGUAUUAUGUUUAUUUCUCGGGAAAUAAAACUUCGAAUUGUUUUAGGCAGAUGUCGCUACGGCAUCUAUCGAGUUAUUUUACAUACACUCACUACAUAGAUACAUAUAUACACUAUCUGAAUAUUUCUAAUGAGAAUGAAACUAGUAAGGGUGUUUAUGGCGUUCUCUGAAUAAACUGAAAUAUAAUACGUCUCUUGAUUUCGUUUCACGGCGAAUUAUUUUUUAUUAGUUUUACUCCUAAGUGAGUAUCGAGACCAUGUUUUCGUUGGAAUUUUGCUACGAUGAGACAGGAAGUGAGGUGCAAAUUAUAGACCUCCCCGUGUCUUCUUUAACUCAACAUUCGCUUGGUUUUCAAGUAAUAGAUCUCACGAAGGCGUAAUGAGAAACUUGGUCUCAUUAAAAGUUUUAUUCCUCCGGAAAUAAAACCUCGAAUCUAAUUAUUAUGUUUAUAUCUAUACUUUAUCGUCCAUUCACACGGUAAAAUAUUCAAACAUUUUAUGGUAGUUUUUGGUUCAAAAUGAAAUUCAUUGGGUUAUUUUUAACCACUUAGUUCAAACGUUUUAGUCCAUUUCCUCACGGUUUUUGCUCUAAAUUUUAAAGAACCGCUUGGAUUGACAUGAAAUUUGACAUACACAUAGCUAACAUGUCAAAAACAAAAGUAAUAUUGCCCCGAUGUGUCCUUUUGCCCUGGGGUGAAUAUCACCCCUUCUCGAGGGUGAAAAAAUAUACGUUCAAAAUAUCUGACUAAGAGAGUUUUUUAACUAAGUUUUUGACUAAAAAAACACGUUUUUAGAGGGUUUUUCGCAAAUAACUCAAAAAGUAAGUAUUUUAUUGAAAAAACAUUUUUAGCAAAAAUAUAGCUUAUAAAAAGUGAAAAAAAUUGUGUAUAUGUCAAGUCUGUAGAUCCAGUAGAAGUAGACUGGUAGCUAAUGAAAAGUAGGUUCUUAUUCGCCAAAUUCCAAAUCGAAUAUUUCAACGUGAAAUAACCAAAACAUUAAGGGAAACUUCUUUUCGGGGAAAACUCAUCACAACAUUUUUAAAGCGUUUAAAAAAACUUUUUUUAUUUUUUUAAAAAGUUUCAACAUCAAAAGUAAGCAAGUUACGCUCAAUAUGAAGUUGGUCCUUUUUUUUGUUUGGUAAAAAAAUGUGAAAAUCACCCCCUAAUUAUCAUUCCAAAUGAACUUAAUCGGUACCACUUCACAAAUUACUUUAUUUAUGUAUUGUUUAUUUAUAUGAUAUGUAAGUUAAAUUUGUUCAAAGUGCUUAUUUUUGUAAGGGCUGUAGUUGAAAGGGCUUGAAAGAGUCAUCAAUCACGAGUGUAUUCAAAUUUUGAACAGCUUAAUCAAUUUUUGUCUAACAGAAAAACAAAACUUCCAAGUUAUUUUGAAAAACAUGCGAACAGAUCAUAUAUAAACAAUACAUAAAUAAAAUAACUUGUGAAGCGCUAACGAUUAAUUUCAUUUGGGAUGCUGAUUAGUGGGUGAUUUUCACGAUAUUUUUUUUACAAAAAGAAAAGAGACCAACCUUAUUUGAAGUGUAACUUUCAUUUUGUUGUUAGAAAAACUUAAAAAAAAACAAAAAUAAAGCCUUUUUAAACAAUUUAAAAAAGUUGUGAUGGACUUUCCCCGAACAGUGCUUCAUUUUUUGGUUGUUUCGCGUUAAAAUAUUCGAUUUGGAAUUUGACUAAUAAAAACCUACUUUUCAUUAGCUAAAACUCUGCUUCUACUGGAUCUACAGACUUCAUACAUUCACCAUUUUUUUUUCAUUUUUUGUCAGGUAUAUCUUUUCUAAGAAUAUUUUUUCGAUAACAUACUUACGUAUCGAGUUAUUUGCGAAAAACCGUCUAAAAACGUGUUUUUUUUUUGUUGAAAAAUGAACAUAUUCACUCGCAAAUAACUCGAAAAGUAUUGGCUUAAUGAAAAAACUCUAUAGAACAAAAGUUACUUAGAAUUAGUCAGUUUAUCCACUUCCGGACUUAUUCUGAACGUAUAUAUUUUCACCUCCGAGAAGUGGUGAAACUCACCCCAGGGCAAAAGCACGCAUCGGCACAAUAUCACUUUUUUCCUUUGAAAUGUUAGCUAUAAAUAAUAUUACUAUGUGUACGCCAAAUUGCAUGUCAAUCCAAGCGGUUGUUUAAAAUUCAGAGCAAAAACCGUGAGUAAAUGGACUAUUACGUUUUUUUUUUUCAUCCUGAUACAACAGUAUUAUUUUUAUCUUGAUUGCCGUUCAGUAUAUGUUCAUUUUCGAACCUUUUCAAUUUAUUUUCCACCUCAUUUGAAUAUUUUACUGUUGCCAUUUUGGAACUGCACGACAUAAUGCCCCGAAAACCUAUAUUAUGAUUUUUCUUAUAUUGGUUGAUCAUUCAAAUGAUAUAUUACUUGCCCUAUUCAAAAUGUUCAUACAAAAAGGCAACUCUCCGCCAUUUUGAAUGAUUGUGUCAACAAAAUAUUAAAAACAAUAUAUAAGUGCCUCAGUUUAGUUACUCUAAAAGUUUAAUUUUAGUUUAAGUUUAACGAAAUUAAUUUAAGUUUUACGAGGCAAAAAAUAGGUGAGUCGCCGACUUUAGACUCAUACUGUAUAGUUUUUUUUUCAUAAGAUUAUUGAAACAUGUGCAACAAUAGUUUUUUUUUAAUAUAGAUUGUAAGUUUUAGGCUGACUUGAUACCUGCUGAGAUUAUAUAUUAUGUUUAUUGUUGUGUGCGUAGGUUUAUACAGUUGAGUCCGCGAGUCUUUACCCGUGCGUCAUUAAGACCUGGCGAGAUAAAACACAUACGUUUUAUCUAGCAUCAUUCUCUUCCACGCAUGAAACUAAUGACAAACCAGCUGCCGCCUGUUAUUAAGUAAAAACACAUGUUAUUUUUAUGAACGAUCUAGACUCAGUGCAUUGAAAAGAGAUAGGUACAAAGAAAAACGAUUGGGGAUAUUUUCACAUAUUUUAAGUACAAUUUCUGACGUUUUGGUUUGUUUACUUUUGUGGCUGUCAGUUUGUUGAAUUUUUUGCUGUUAUUUUGUCGAAUUUUUGCAUUUUGAAAUUUUUUAUAGUAUACAAACAGUUGUUUUCACAACUAAUUUUAUAUUGGAGUUAGAAAUUUUAUGAUAAAUUUAUGUUAUUUUACGAUAAAUUUUGACAACCUACAAAUAACCUCAUUGUUGACACAGUUAAGGAAUGCUUGUGUUUAAUGUUCCGCCAAAGUGAAUAAAAUAACAAAAAGAAAAUAUGUUAUCGAAUUUUUUUAUAAAUUGUUUAUUUAUUUAUUAAUCAAUGAUAAUAAAAGAAUUUAUUAAGCUACUUCAAAUCUAGCUGUAAUUAUGCGCCAAAAUUUUAAAGCAAAACUUAAAUUUGACAUUCUAUUUAUUUGAUAACGUCAAAUUUUAUACUAUAACCCGUGAUCGAAAUAAUACCCACUUUCUGUCACUUGCUGUUGCGUUUAGUAAAUUUCCGACUUAUUUCGUAUGCUUUAAAUGAUGACGCACGGGUAAAGACUCGGGGACUCAACUGUAUAUUGUAUAUUUAUUAUUUUUACAUUGAUAUUUAUAUAUUUAUACAACAUAUAAUAUAUACAUUUUUUAGCUUUUAUACUCGACAUUAUACGAGCAUGCAAACGUACAGAUUUAGAUACAGUAAGCGCCACGCUAGUAGACACACGGGUACCUAAUUCGUAGGCUUGGGCUAAUCCGGCCCGUUCUCACCUGUGACUUUCAUGUCGUAUCAUGUCAUGUGGCUGUCAUGAAAGUAUUCAAAAUAAUUGUUUUUCCAUACAAAAAAUACAUUAAAUAUACAUAAUAGUAUUGUUACUCUGCUUUAAAAAACUAUUUAAAAACCAACAAUAUUACAACAUUUUAUAACUUUUACAACUUACACACAAUGGUAACUAUGAUCUUCACAUACAACUACUGUUCUAUAAACUCACAACUUUCUAUGUUUAUAUUGGUUUCUAUACGGGUGAUUCCAUUAUUUCAAAUCACUCAAUGUUGGAUCAAAAAAACUUUUGGAUCUCCGAUUUGUCUGAAAAUUGGUAUAUAUAGCUUUUGCGGGACGUAAAAAUAAGAUAUUUAAGGUCAAAACUGUUCUUUUGAAGUUAUACUUCUUUAGUCACGAGGGUAACUUUUUACAUUCCCUGGCGCAUGCGCACACCGACAGUAUGUUGUUAGUUGCUAAAUCAUCCAAUUUAUGUAUCAGCGCAACUAAGGUUUGAAAAUAUUAUAUUAGUGUUUUUAGUAAAUAUAUUUAUUAUAAUUUUUGUGUCUUUGGAUUUGUCUUCCUUGGGAGUAAGAUAAUAAGUAUUUUAAACAUUUUUAUAUUUAAUACUUCACUUGAUCUAUUUGUCACCGUCGUUUGUAAUUACGUCCCAGAAGCCUUAAAAACAAAACCCUGAUGGGUUAUUGGUAGAGCAUUCCACUACAUAACGCGAAGGUCCCAUGUUCAAAUCCUGACACGGACGAUUGUUAUCCUUUUUUUUUAAUUUUUGGUGUUGUUUUAAUAAAAAAAUUUGAAAGUGGUAAUAUCAAAAUUAGUUUAUUAAUUAAAUAAAAUACAAAUAAACUUUUAAGUAUAUUUAUUUCGUUGAAAUCAUAUAAUAGAAGUAUAACUUCUUUCGUGUGUACAAAGUACACACACAUUCUUUUUUUUUUCAAAAUGUUAUUUUAUGCAAUUUUGCAGUGAUUUUGUGUUUAUUUAAACAAAUUUGCAUUUUCUAUCGUAAGGUAUAAAUGGAAAACAUAAUAUUUUAAUAGAAUGGACUCAAAAAUGUCAUUUUAUGGCAUUAUGCAUUUGCUAUUUACUUAAAUUUUGCAAUUGAUUACUUCUGUUUAACUUCAUUAUUAUUGUUAUUAUUGUAAAUAUAUUGACGAUUUAUGUAAUUUUAGUAAAUUGGAUUGUUAUUGUUUUGUUUUCUUGACCUUUUAUAAGCUUUGUCGAUAAAAUUAUACAAUUUUUUAUGGCAAUAAAGCAUAUUUCUAUUUCUAUCUAUUAUAUAUUUCCACCUGUUUCCACCGUUUCAGGCUUUUUCAACAGCGCUAGCGUGCACUCCUCUGAAUCGAAAAACAGCUCAACCAUUUAAUGGUGGAUUUUGCAUCUGAGACUCUUCAAUUUGUUAAGAGAUGUCGCUGGAUCGCGUCCCAAUGGUAAUUUGAAUGAUCUUUCAAAUUCCCCUUAAAUUGAUGGUUGAGUUAUUUUUUGAUUCAGAGGAGUGCACGCUAGCGCUGUUGAAAAAGCCUGAAACGGUGGAAACAGCUGUCCGGCGAUUGUGCAUCCCUCUGAAUCAAAAACAAGCAAAACCAUCAUUUACUUUUCUAUCUUUACUCAGAUUUGAGUACUAGAAAGUUCCUCUUACCUGUACCAGAAAGAACUUUCAACAUGAAAAGUCUCAAAUUUAAAUAACUAUUUACCAUUUUAAUGGUGGAUUCUGCAUCUGAGACUCUUCAAUUUGUAUAAAAAUAAAAUUUAGCAGUUCGGCAAGGUCAAAUGCUAUCCCGACACUUUUAAGUCUGAUAUUAUUGCAUGUAACUUUUUUGGUAUUGUAAUAUAAUUCAAAUCCUUCGAACCACUUAAAGUCCUAUGUUUUGGCUAUGUGUGGGCAAAUUUUCAGCCAAAUCGUUUAUGAUGUAUUUUGGGAAUGGAGGAAAAUGUAUAAACGGUAAACUUUUCUACACUAUAAAAUUUGAUCAAGAACUCGUUUUGAAUCAAAAUAUCUUGUUAUAAUGCCAUAUAAUGACAUUUUUGUGUCCCUUCUAUUAAAAUAUUAUGUUUUCCAUUGAUACUUUACGAUAGAAAAUGCCAAUUUGUUUAAAUAAGCAUCAAAUCACUGUAAAAUCGCAUAAAAUAAGAUUAUGAGAAAAAAAAGAAGAAGAUUUUUGACAUAUUUUAACAUAUUUUACAAAUACCUAUAACUAAUUACAAUAAUAUUUUUUCUUCAAACGUCAAAUAAUGAUGACAUUACUUAUCUAACUUGAUCCUGUCAAAGUUUGAUGUCUCCGCCGGCAGCAGUUUUUUUUCCCAUUUCUUUACGGCGAAGGGGAAAAUGUUGUCAUGGCAACAAUAUGAAACAUGUCACAAAGCAACAAUACAAAUGUCAUUAACAACAAUUAAACAUCAUUUUUAUUUAUAGUAAUAUUAAAAGUACAAUUAGUUAAUGAGGCAUUUUCAAAAUUGAAACCGUGCAAAAAUGUUCCCGACUCUUGAUACGCAUUGGUAAUUGUUGAUGAUACUGAUGGUCGAGCACAACUUUCAGCAAUCAUUCCCGAUGUUAGCGAAUCAUGAGGGUUUAAAAUUUUUUGAGCAUUAUUGUUCUUAUUUCUCAUUGAAUCCUCUAUAUAUAUCCUUCGGCAACCGUGCUUGAUUUCCAGCCCCCAUGUCGUUUGAGGCGUUCUAGAUUUCCGCCUCCAUCAAUUAAAAGUGUUGCUGAAGUUCGUCGUAAAGAGUGACCCGUGUAUGCGCUUGCAUCGUUUAAAUUUAAAUAACUAGGUACUUUUUGGGCUACUGCGCUGAUCGAAUGUAUUCCCAUGACGCUUCGGUAACACUUUCCAUUUUGGUACUUGAUAAAAAAUCGGUUUUCUGUGAAAUUUUCAGGCCGCAGUGAUGCAUACUUUUUAUACAGUUUAAUGUAGUUUUGACCAAUUAUCGUAAAAGAUCUAAUUUGUCGUGUUUUACUGUCUGGGCUUUUGAUAAUUAUUACAUUUUCUUUAUCCUCAAUGUCCACAGUCUUCAUUUUUACCAUUUCGUCGCAUCGACAGGCGCCGGUAACCCCAAUUAACAAAACAAUCUGAAAUAUUUUUAUAAUUUAGUAGAGUAUACUACAUGCUUUGCAAUAUAAUUUUUUUUACCUUUAAUCCUAAAUACAACUUAUCUGGCGCUUCAAACAAAAAUUUAUCAAACUCGUCUUUAGUGAAAACUUUAGACUUCUUUGCAGUAUAUCCUUCGCUUGUCUUUUUCAGAAAGGCACGUAACUUUAAAAAUUUGCUUAUAUCCACAUUUUUUCUAAUAACUAACUCGGAUUUUAUCAUAGAGUAUCGUGACCACAUUGUAGAAGAUUCCGUUUAUUUUCAUUUUCCAUUAUAUUAAAAUAUGCCAGUAAAACGUCUUCGGUAACUUGCCGUACUCCUGUUGUAUCGCACCACUCUUGGAAGUGCUUUUACGCUAACCGAUACUUUAUUCCGGACUUGGAGGGCCCCAAACGUGCUACUGCAUCAUUAGCCGCGGGCUCAAUUUUGUUUAGGUUUUCCAUUUUCGCACUAAAUUUGCGCUUGCGGUUGCAACAACAAUAAGCUGUCUUUAAUAAUUGCAAACAACUGUCAAACAACUGUAACCAGGGAGACGCAAAUCCCACCGACGACUUAAUUAUUUUAAUUUCUAACAUCUAGACGACUUUGAUAGUUGUCACAGUUAAUUUCGAGUAAAAAUAGCGUAUAAAUUGUACUAUUUAUGGUUGAAAAUUGCUACGUUUGAAGAAAAAAUAGUAUACUUUAUUCGGCAAAGAAGCGACUUUUCUUGACAAAUAUUCGAAUCUAAUAUGUUUAUUUUAAAUAAAUGUGCAGGAUAACAUGCAUGUCCAAAUCUAAUUCUACUGAUGGUGGAUAUGUAUUUACGAGGGAGGGUGAAAUUCUUAUACCAAGGUUUUUCCGGAAUAAUCGGUUGUAUCAAACUGUAUUGUGUUGUUGAUAUGUUAUAGUACCUUUCCCAGUGUGUUUUCCAGCUCUUCUUCUGUUCAGUUCUUAAACAAGCAAAUGCAUCUAGAAUGCAGGGCUGAUAUUUGGUUAUUGUUCCGUGGAUGAAGGAAUUUUUAGCUAAUUGGUCUACAUGCUCAUUAUGUGUAAGUCCUGAAUGUGCUUUGAUCCACAUAAGUUUUAUUUUUGGGGUGUGUUUAUUAAUUUCAAAUAAGAUUUUUUUUAUUAAAAAAAAUAUAUGGAUUAGAAGUACUACAAGGUAGUUGAGGUGUUUGAAUUUUUGACCUUAAUAUCUUAUUUUUACGUUCCGCAGAAGCUAUACACCAAGUUUCAGAAAAAUCGGAGACCCAAAAGUUUUUGCCUGAGGGAUUUGACAUGGAAUGUACCAUACAUUUUCUGACGUUCUAGACGUCACUAGACAUAAAAGUAAACAGUGCAACAAGUGGAGGGUCCAGAACUGUAUUAAUUCAAUGUACCCGUGUGUUUAGUAGCGUGACGAUUACUGUUUAACAUUUUAGUCGUUAUAAAUGUGCCUUUUAUAAAUUUAUAUAAAAUUUGUAUUUUUAAAAUCAGUGAGAGUAGUUUUACAUGUACUGAAAUUUGUACUUACGAGGGAAAUUGGUAAAAAGAUUAUAUAAAAAUAUGUAUCGUCGAGUUUCUGUUUUUCUAAAUAUUCUACACAUAAAGAUCAAUCCACUUUUGUAUGCAUUUAAACAAAUUUUAGAAGUAUUCUCCUUUUCAUAGGCAUCUUUCAGUGCGCCACAGUUUUUCGAUUUCUUUCUAACGCAUUAAGUUGGAAGUAACAGAAAAAAACGUACUUCCGUGAUUACAGUCUUUCUAACAUUUAUUCUAGCUGUUGAUGGAUGGCGCUAUAAUCGAAAAAAAAAUGUUUAUGUAUUAUCUAUACGACUACAAUUUGUACAAUUUAUAAAACUAUACAAAUCAAGAAACAUACCUUUUUAUAAAUAAAAUAAACACAAUUGAUUUGUUUUUAUACCAAAUUACGAUUACGAUUCGGACAACUGUCAGUUUUAAUUAAAAUGUCAUGCUAUGAUAUGAUUCUCUACAUUAUUAAAAUCAUAUAUUAUAUCAUUAACGACACACUGAAAGACUGAAAAGAACUUUAAAUUAUAGUAGUAUACAUAUGUAAGUAAUAGGUAAAUAAUCAGUAAAUCGGUAAACCUAAAUCUUUUUUUUUUCUAUUCUAGCGCCAUUUAUUUACAACUGGAAUAACUGUUAUAUAUGUGUAUGUAUCACGGACGUGCCUUUUUUCCUGUCACUUGCGUCACACUGAAAAAAGCCUCUGAAGAACCAUAUACGCUUGUUCAAUUGAAAGUCAUCUUUGGUCAGGUAGGCAUUGGAAAUAAUUGUGCUCACUUGACUGACGCUCUGUAAUGUUAGUUAUGUUUGUAAACGUCACACUGAUCAGUUCCUGUUUUUUACUGGAAUUUGAAGUAUUGUGACUUUAAAAAUUGUGCUUGCCUUAAAAAUCCGUCCAAAUACAUAUGUAUAAUCAG